AUGGCCAGUGACUUUUCAGAUUUCGAUUCGUUUCUAGAACCCAAUUUCGAUUCAAUCCAUUUCACUAACGAAUUGUUGAAAAUUACAAACACAAAUGAAAAUUCAUUAGAUAUACAAACCUCUAUUAAAAAAAUCCAUUACGAUUAUAAUGAAUUGGAUACAAAUUUCGACCAAUUGAUAAAAGAGCAUUCCAAACAAAUCAUUGCCAAGAUCCAUUACAAUAAACAAUUGAAAUCAAUCAUACAAUCCAACUUGUCUGAUUCAAUCAAUUUCCUAAAUUUAAAUUAUAAAAGAUUACAAGACGAUAUUAUCGUACCUUAUGAAAAGGCUCAGAAAUUACAACAAGUUCUUUCUAAGUUACAUCAAACGAUCAUUCUUCUUAGAGAUUCUCUGAUAUAUAUCCAUCUGGUCCAUAGAAUUCAUAAUUUAUUCCAAUUCAUCGAUAAUGAAAAAGAUUUACCCCUAGACGUAGCGUUACAAUUAUCCUCAUUACAUUAUCAAAUCAUCAUCUGUUUGAAUGAAAAUAAAAAUUUGACUCCAUUGAAAUUAAUUAAAAAUUUAAACAAUACCAUAGUUACACCAAAUAAAUCGAAAUUAUUGUCAUAUUUGUCGUUACAAUUAUCCAAAGAAUGUUGGAAUUUAUCGAAAUUACCCUUAUCCUUGAAUAAGAUCGUCAUUUCCAAUCUAUCGUUUGCCUUAUUUAAUUUAUCUCCACAUGAAUUUAUUACUACCAUUCAAAAAAUCAUUUUAACUAUAGUGACUCCAAUAUCUCAAAAUUUAAUUAAAACAAUCAAUUCUAUUAAAAAUUUCCCUCAAGAGUUUACUAAAUGUGUAAAGAUUAGUAAUAACAUUUAUCAAUUAGAAACCAUCUUGGCAGACAUAAAGUAUAAAGAUUCUAAUUUAUUACUAGAAUAUAUGAAUAACCCAUUACGUAUGGCAAAACCAAAUUUACCAAAGACUAUAUAUUGGAAUACAAUCUCUACAAACUUUAAAAAGGAAUUUGAAAUAUCUGUAAAUAGAGGUGGUCCAGUGGGGAAAUCUUUAAUGAAAAAUAAAGAGUUUAUUAAAGAGACAAUAAAAAAUUUAAUGGUCGAAUCUACAGGAGAUGAUGAUUAUAAAAAAAACUUGAAUACAAUGUUGAAAUCAAUAUCAAUUUUACAAUGA